GGGGUCGGAUGAAAGCCGGUGGAUGAGUGCAGGCUUAAAAGGGCGGUCCGCGUCGUCGUACGCGAGGCGAAUAAGUAUCGUGGUGGCAGCUGAGAGCGAUUUCUCACUUUUCUGGGUAAGCUGGAUGAGGCCGAGCAGAUGUACCAGCGGGCGCUGCAAGGCAAAGAGAAGGCCUGGGGUCCGGAGCACAUGUCGACGCUCUCUACAUUCAACAACCUAGGGAUCCUCUAUGCCAAGCAAAGCAGGCUGGCUAAAGCUGAGUGUUACGGCUGUGCAUACGCCCAUACAGGGGCUAUAAUAGGAUCCUGGAGGAUUGUAGGUGUGCAGGUACCGGCCUGCGACGACUCAACACCUCCUCGUGGUGCAGGCUGUCAACCUAUGCUCUCUGGAGUAUAGGGCCAAGAUUGAGUCACGAGCAAAUGCAGGGAGAUUUUCCUUUACCGCCCGAUCCGGUUUCACGCAAGCCAGCGGUAUAGCGCCUCUACA